GCCGACCUUUAUUUCUCGGAUUAUUUUCGGGUUUUGGAUCGGAUAGUCGGUUGUUUUUCUGGUUCUGCUUGUCCACCCCUAGGUUAAACGUGCAAAGAGGAAAGAGAGAACCCAACCUUCCUCUGUUCAGUUUCCGACCAGCCAUGACUGCCGACCAAUCUACUCUGCCCCAUUGACUUCAUUUGAGGUAGAAACUGAGGUAGGAAGGAGACGUGACUGUUGAGCCUCCCCACAGUCUUUUCUGGCUCUUUUAACCCCGGCGAAGCUAAAGCAAGCUUCCCUGCCACCUAUUGUCACUGGAUAAACCACCAUUACCGUCAUUUUUACAGGAAUUUGAAAUCGAAAAGCUGUAGAACUGGAGUUUGCGGUCUUCGAUUUGUGCAGCUACUUGCUGUUUUAGCGUGUGGCGGCAAGCAUGGAGGCUGCCUGAGCUUCUUGAUUCGACACUGGUGAGUGGACGCCACGCGCUGGCAGCAGCUUUGACCCCGCGCGAACAGAAAUUUCAGUGAUGGGUAGAAGGAAGCAAGCCCGCCCACAUCGGUCUGGUGGAUUAAUUAUAGCAAACAGUGAUGCUACUGAAGUAGAAUUGGAUAAACAGAAAGUACCUGAGACCGAGUCAGCAAACAAGGGGGAAUUUGUUGCUAUUGAUAGACCGUAUUAUGUGGAAGUUGAUAGGAGUAAUUGGGUUUCAAAUGAGCACCUUGAUAUAUCUGAAGUCAUCUUAAAUGACAUGAAUUUUGGAGAAGCAUAUUCUAGUUUCAGAAUAAAUGCAGACUUUUAUCAGUCUAGGUAUUCCUUAAGGUUUCGAGUGUGCAAUGUUGAUGAGUUUGUGAUUGAUCGUAUUAAGUUUGGUCAUUGGCCUGUGCUUUCCUCCAGUGAUAUAUCUUUGGAGUUGAUUGAGAAAUGCAUGGUUGAGGAUAGGGAAAUGCAAUCAGUAAUUUUCUCUGGCAGUUUUGAUGGACCGGAUGAGGGUAUUACUGGUCUUGUUCACUUGACAAGUAUGGAGUUUUUGACAUUGAGGCCAGUUCUGGGGUUUAAAUGUUCAGAGGAGAUGGUAUCUGUAAGAGUGAGGGUGGAGAUACUUAAGAAAGCUUUUGAUGCUUGUGAGUCCCUUCUAGAAAAUACCAGGCAAUUAUGGAAGAAGAGUAUAAUGAGUGUGAUGGCUUGGCUACGACCAGAAGUAAUGAUGUCAGAGGCUAGGUAUGGGGUUACUAAUUCUACAGAAAUGGCAGCCAACAAUGUUGCAGGUAUGGGAGAUGAUACCUCCAAGUCCAGAAAAGGAGCAAGGUUUGAUGUUACUGGGUUUUAUGAAGCCAUUAAACCAUCAAAAUCUGCUUCCAUGCUUGAUGAUGACUUAUCUGACUUGCUCCCUGUACUGAGACCAUAUCAGCGUCGUGCAGCUUUCUGGAUGUUACAACAAGAAAAAGGAGAUUCAAAAGAUUUAGGUGAAGGCAAAAGAAGUCAAUUCUUUUCCCCCUUAUGUAUGCCCGUGAAUUUUCUUGACAGUGGUUCAACAAUGUUCUAUAAUCCAUUUAGUGGCAAUAUUUCGUUGUUCCCGGAGUUCACUUCACCAUAUAUCUUUGGUGGGAUUCUUGCUGAUGAGAUGGGUUUGGGGAAGACUGUUGAACUGCUUGCUUGCAUAUUUGCUCAUCGGAAGCCAGCAUGUGAAGAUAGCAUCUUCAUUGAUAAUGCAUGGCUGGGUUCUGGAGAUCAGAAAGCUAAUAUUCGAAGAUUGAAAAUAGAACGUGUUGAGUGCAUAUGUGGAGCUGUGAGUGAAAGUUAUAGAUAUAGAGGACUGUGGGUACAGUGCGACAUUUGUGAUGCUUGGCAACAUGCAGACUGUGUUGGUUAUUCAGCUAAAGGGAAAAAGAAGAGAUCAACAAUUGAGGUGCAAAAACAUAGAAAGAAAACUACAAUCAGCUUUGUUGAGAGAGAUGGGGAUCAUAUUUGCCAGAUGUGCUCUGAAUUGAUACAAGCAACUGACUCUCCCAUAGCUACUGGUGCCACCCUUAUUGUCUGUCCAACUCCUAUAUUGCCACAGUGGCAUGCUGAAAUUGCACGUCAUACGCGUCCAGGUUCCUUAAAAACUUGUGUAUAUGAAGGUGUGCGAGAUACAUCUCUUUCAAAUACAACUACAGUGGAUAUUAGUGAACUUGUCAAUGCUGACAUCGUACUGACAACGUAUGAUGUACUCAAAGAGGACUUAUCCCAUGACUGUGAUAGGCAUGAAGGUGAUCGACGCUUCCUGAGGUUCCAGAAGAGGUAUCCUGUUAUUCCAACUCUUCUCACCAGAAUAUUUUGGUGGAGGGUUUGCUUGGAUGAGGCUCAAAUGGUGGAGAGUAAUGCUACUGCUGCAACGGAAAUGGCUCUUCGAUUGUCUGCUAAGCACCAUUGGUGUAUUACAGGGACACCUAUACAAAGGAAACUUGAUGACUUAUAUGGCCUUCUAAGAUUCCUUAAAGCUACCCCUUUCAAUGUUUCUCGGUGGUGGGUUGAUGUUAUAAGAGAUCCAUAUGAGAGGAGAGAUGCAGGAGCAAUGGAAUUUACACAUAAAUUCUUCAAACAAAUCAUGUGGCGUUCUUCAAAAGUACAUGUUGCAGAUGAGUUGCAACUCCCACCUCAGGAAGAGUGUGUCUCCUGGCUCACAUUUUCAGCAAUUGAAGAGCACUUUUACCAGAGACAGCAUGAAACUUGUGUGAAUUAUGCCCGUGAAGUCAUUGAAAGUCUGAAAGACGAUAUUCUCAAAAGAAGAGUCUCAGGUUGUUCACCUUCUGAUGCUUUGGCUGAUCCUUUCAUCACCCAUGCAGAGGCUGCAAAGCUAUUUAACUCGCUCUUGAAGCUUCGUCAAGCUUGCUGCCACCCUCAAGUAGGAAGUUCAGGGCUGCGUUCUGUGCAACAAUCCCCCAUGACUAUGGAGGAAAUACUAAUGGUUCUUGUUGGGAAGACAAAGAUAGAAGGGGAGGAAGCUCUCAGGAAGUUAGUUGUUGCAUUAAAUGCACUUGCAGGCAUAGCUAUAAUUGAGCAAAAUUUUUCUCAAGCUAUAUCGUUAUACAGAGAAGCAUUGGCUCUAGCUGAAGAGCACUCUGAAGAUUUUCGCCUAGACCCUUUGCUGAAUAUUCAUAUUCAUCAUAACCUUGCUGAGAUACUUCCAAUGGUCACCAACUGCCCAUCCCUUCUCUCCUCAAAUGGAGAACAACUGCAUGAAAAAUUUGAAAAGGCCUCUAAGAUACACAGUAUUGAAAAUUGUGAUAUAAAUGCUGUGAAGAGGCGAAAGGUUAGUGGAGAGCAUGAUUCAUAUUGCACUGUUGAUGCUGGAAAUACAAUAGUUCUAUCAAAAAAUAGCUUAAAUGGAGAACAAGGAGUCGAUGGUAAGUCCGAUGUAUCAUCUAUGUCCUUCAGUGAGGGAUUGUUGAGGACCACAUGUGAGGAAUUAAAACAGAAAUACCUAUCUAUGUUUACUGCAAAGCUCUCUAUGGCUCAACAAGACUUCAGAAAGUCAUACAAGCAGGUUUGUAAUGCAUUUAGUGACAGAGAAAAUCAAGAUACAGUUUGGUGGUUGGAUGCUCUUCAUCAUGCUGAGCUGAACAAUGACUUCUCAAGAGACCUGAUAAGAAAAAUUGAAGAGGCUGUCUCAGGAACUCUCAACAAUUCGAGGUCAUCAAGAAUUGCAUCCUGUUUCCGAAGCAUGACUGCUUUAAAGUACCAUAUUCAGACUCGUUUGGACCAAUUGGAAGCCUCUAGAAAAACAUUACUCGAUCGACUUCUGGAAAUUGACCAGACAAUGGAGAAACCAAAAAAAGAGGAUAUUGAACGUGUGAGAUACUGUCGAAGUUGCCAGGCUAUUGGUGAUGGUCCCACAUGUAUUCAUUGUGAACUAGAAGAACUAUUUAAGGAUUAUGAGGCGAGGCUGUUUCGGCUCAACAAAUUGCGUGGAGAGAUCAUUACUUCUGCUGAAGAGGCAGUAGAUCUGCAGAAGAAGAACUCUGCACUAAACCGUUUCUAUUGGAAUUUAUCAGGGGCAAAUAAAAAUCCAACUUCAUCCGGUGAUGUCAAUGAAACAUCAAAGAGGAGAGAUGCUGGAGAAAGAGUAGUGGUUUCAAAAUCACCCUCUGAAUUGGAAGUUGUUCUUGGAGUUAUUAAGAGCUAUUGCAAAGUUCAGUUGGGGAAGGAAGGAAUUACGGCAGCCAGCAAGCAGCUACACAAUCUGGAGGGCAUGAGGAAGGAAUACAGCCAUGCCAGAUCCCUGGCAGUUUCUCAAGCUCAACUUUUGCGUGCUCAUGAUGAAAUUAGGAUGGCAACAUCACGUUUACACCUAAGAGAAAAUGAGAAUGAUGACUCCAUUGAUGCUUUAGGUCCAAAUGAAUUGGAGUCUGCUAGUGUGCUGCACUCCAAUGAAAAAUUCAUUUCCUUGUCCAUGUUGUCACGUAUAAAAGGGAGGCUUCGCUAUUUGAAGGGUUUGGUAUUAUCUAAGCAGAGGUCGUCUUCAGAAAGCUCAAAUAAUUCCUCAUUAGCUCAAGAAAUUACUACAGUAUCAAUGUCUACAGAGAAGAUAAGCAAAGACCUACCAAAAGAUGAGGAAGCAUGCCCAAUCUGUCAAGAAAAGCUAAACAAUCAAAAGAUGGUUUUUCAAUGUGGGCAUGUUACUUGUUGUAAAUGUUUAUUUGCCAUGACUGAGCAAAGGCAGCACGAUAAUAAGUUCCAACGUAAAUGGGUCAUGUGCCCAACAUGUCGGCAGCAUACAGAUUUUGGGAAUAUUGCUUAUGCAGAUGACAGACAAGACAAGUCUUGUAAUUCAGCUAUGUUAAAUACAGUUCAAGAUUGUGAAAAAUGUGAAGCAUCUUUAACCGUUCAAGGUUCAUAUGGAUCAAAGAUCGAAGCAGUCACAAGAAGAAUCUUGUGGAUCAAAUCUUCAGAUCCUGAUGCCAAAGUUCUGGUUUUCUCAAGUUGGAAUGAUGUACUUGACGUGUUAGAACAUGCUUUCAAUGCUAAUGGUAUCACCUAUAUCCGGAUGAAAGGAGGAAGGAAGGCGCAUAUUGCCAUCAGUGAAUUUAGAGGGCAGGAAAGCAGUGCAAAAAGAACUCACAAAAUACAUGGCCAAAAAGAACAAAAAGGUGUUCAAGUGUUGCUGCUUCUAAUCCAACAUGGAGCCAAUGGUCUUAAUCUUUUAGAAGCACAGCAUGUUGUUCUUGUAGAGCCUCUACUUAAUCCUGCAGCAGAAGCACAAGCAAUCAGCCGGGUACACCGAAUUGGGCAGGAAAAUAAGACCCUGGUCCACCGAUUUAUAGUUAAAAGCACUGUGGAAGAGAGCAUAUAUAAAUUGAACAGGAGUAAAAACACCAGUUCCUUCAUAAGUGGUAACACAAAGAAUCAGGAUCAGCCACUCUUGACGCUUGAAGAUGUAGAGUCCCUAUUUGCGACAGUGGCCUCCACAGUUCCAAAAGGUGAGGAAGAAACCACUGAAAGUCUAAGACAUUUGCCUCCUGCCGUGGCUGCUGCUUUGGCAGCUGAGAGGAGACUGAAGGAGAAUACAACAUGACAUUUUUUUGUGUUGAUCAUUCAAUUCAAUAAGGACAACACCAGAAUCGAACUGCAAUAAAGCAAUCUUCUCGCAUUCACACAUCCUGCACUUUCCCCUCAUUCAUCCCACUAUAUUUGUAGGUUAUUUAACUGAAGUUCUGUAUAGUCUUCCAGUUGUUAGAAAUUAGUUUGUUGCUGUAUAUAGCAAAAUGCCCAUUUUCAUUUCCAAUUUAGAAGAUGGUAACAGUUACAGACAUUCAAAUUCAAGCUCAUUGUAGAUAAAUAAUUUAUUAUUCA